GCUUGUGUAGAAUUUCCGCGCAUUUGUGUCGCUGAAGGAAGAAGUAGGAUACAUCGACGGAAGGCGAGUGGAGGAGGAGCCACUUGUUUCAGGCCUUAGGAAGGAGGUGGCUGAAGCGGGCACCUGGGCCAAAGCUUUGGUAUGAGGCGGCGACGGCGGCGGAGGUGGCUGCUGUGAGGGCGGAAGGAAGAGGAGCGGAGCGAGAGGAGAAGGGGGGACGGCUGAGUGACGGGUGCGCAUCUCUCAACCCGCCGCCCCCCCCAUUGCCAAAAUGGAUGAACAGGAGGCUUUGAAUUCUAUCAUGAAGGACUUGGUUGCCCUCCAAAUGAGCCGACGUCCCAGAUUGUCUGGUUUUGAUAGCAUGAAGAACAAAGAUUCUCCACAUUCCAAUAGACAGAAAAAACACAGUGCUAGCAACCCAGCUCUCCUAAGCAACCUUAUGAUAACAAAACAAAGUACCCAUGCAGUAGAGGAAAAAAAGGCACAGAGUGACAUCAGGAUAAAGUUUGAACAUAAUGGGGAAAGGCGAAUUAUCCCCUUUACUCGGCCUGUCCGCUAUGAAGAUGUCCAGCAGAAAGUGAAAACAGCUUUUGGUCAGCCGCUGGAUCUCUACUACAUGAAUAAUGAGUUAUCUAUUCCCUUGAAAAGUCAAGAUGACCUUGAUAAGGCAGUAGAUCUUUUAGACCGAAGCUCAAAUGUGAAAAGCCUUAGAAUAUUACUGCUGUCUCAGGACAAAAACCAUAUCAGUUUCUCAUCCCAUUCAGGGAUGCCAAAGCAAGUCAGAAUCAAAACUUCCCAAUCCACGGGAGAUGUAAAUACUGCCUACCAGCCACUUGAAACCCGAAGCAGACACCUGUCCAUCAGCUCUCAGAAUACAGGCCGAAGUUCACCUCCACCAGGAUAUGUCCCAGAGAGACAGCAGCGAAUAGCUCGCCAGGGGUCCUAUACCAGCAUAAAUAGUGAAGGAGAAUUUAUACCAGAGACCAAUGAACAAAGUAUGUUGGAUCCCUUAAGCAGUGCUGAAAACUCCAUAUCUGGUAGUUGUCAGUCCUUGAGCCAGUCAGGAGAAAGCCUUUCUUUCCGAAAAUCUUGCAUGUCCAGAGCCCAGAGCUUUCCAGAUAAUAGGCAAGAUUUCUCAGAUCGUGAGAAUCAAAUCUUUGACAAAGCUGAGAAGGGUGGGACAUACCCUCGGCGUUACCAUGUCUCUAUGCAGUACAAAGAUUACAAUGAUGGCCGGAGGACAUUUCCCCGCAUUCGACGCCAACAGGGCAACCUCUUCACACUAGUACCAUCAAGCCGCUCCUUAAGCACCAAUGGGGAGAACCUUGGCCUGACAGUACAGUAUCUUGACACCUGUGGACGUAUGUGGAGUGCUGAUAGUGAGAAUACCCUCACUGUGCAGGAGAGAAACAUCCCAACCAAAUCUCCAAGUGCUCCAGUCAACUGGCUACGAGGGAAGCUCCUCGGACAAGGUGCCUUUGGUCGGGUGUACUUGUGCUACGAUGUAGAUACAGGCAGAGAACUUGCAGCUAAACAGGUCCAGUUUGACCCAGACAGUCCUGAAACAAGCAAGGAAGUGAGCGCAUUGGAAUGUGAGAUUCAGCUACUGAAGAACCUUCAGCACGAGCGGAUUGUUCAGUAUUAUGGGUGCUUGAGGGACCGAGCAGAAAAGACCCUGAGCAUUUUCAUGGAGUACAUGCCAGGGGGUUCUGUCAAAGAUCAGCUAAAAGCCUAUGGUGCACUGACAGAAAAUGUGACUCGAAAAUACACUCGGCAGAUUCUUGAAGGAGUCUGUUACCUUCACAGCAACAUGAUUGUACACAGAGAUAUAAAAGGAGCCAACAUUCUCCGAGAUUCUGCUGGCAAUGUGAAGCUUGGAGACUUUGGGGCUAGCAAGCGACUGCAGACAAUCUGCAUGUCUGGGACUGGCAUCCGCUCUGUCACUGGCACCCCUUAUUGGAUGAGCCCAGAGGUGAUCAGUGGAGAGGGCUAUGGAAGAAAAGCUGAUAUCUGGAGCCUUGCCUGUACUGUUGUGGAAAUGUUAACAGAGAAACCACCCUGGGCAGAAUAUGAAGCUAUGGCAGCCAUUUUCAAGAUUGCCACACAGCCCACUAACCCCCAGCUUCCUUCUCAUAUAUCAGAACCUUGUCGGGACUUCUUAAGGCAGAUCUUUGUGGAAGCCAGGAAGAGACCUUCAGCUGAAGAGUUGCUCCAGCAUCAUUUUGCCCAGCUCUCCUACUGAAUUACCAUCUCUGAAACAGCAUUCCAUUUUUAGGUGAUACUGUUCUCUGAAGUGUUGUGGCCUGUAUAAGAAAAUCCACUCCAAAAUGUUGGCACACAGAUAUUCUGUUUGCCUAGAAAAGUAGUAUGUGAGGGCAUUGCAGAAAUCAGCCACUUUCAUUUUGGUAUCUUCAUUCUGUGAUUGAUGCUUUACAUUCUGUAAUUACCUAUGUGCUGACAUGGUAUUACAGCAUGCUGUUGGCAUGGGAACAAUCUAAAAAUCUCCUUCAUUUGAAUAUAAAUCUAUCUCUGAAACUGGUGAAAAUGAAAAGGGAGGAAAUGGACUCUGAGAACUGUUAAAAGCUAUAAAAAUGUGUGUUGAGAUCAUGCUAUCACUCUGUUUUACAGCUUUCCAGGACUGUAUCAAGCCAAUUGCUACCAGAGAAC